AUGAAGUUUGACGUCCAAGUUAUCUCUACCGACACCAUCAAGCCCUCUUCGUCCACACCCGAACACCUCAGGCAUCAUACUCUCUCCUUCAUUGAUCAAAUUACACCUUCAAUUUUCAUGCCUUUACUUCUCUUUUAUCCGAGAGAUAUUGGUGUUGUUCAAUUCAGCAACGAAGAACGCCAAACCCGGAUUAAGAAAUCCUUAUCCGAGGCCUUGACACGAUUUUACCCGCUAGCAGGACGGAUUAAAGACAAUUUUCACGUUGAUUGCAACAAUGAGGGGCUCCACUACGUGGAAGCCAAGGCCACAUGCAAACUUUCCGAAAUACUUGAGGAUCCAAACCCCGCUGAGCACAACAAAUUGCUGCCAUAUGAACUGGACGCUGACAAUGAAGUAGCCUUAGCCGUCCAACUGACCACCUUCGACUGCGGUGGGAUCGUGAUCGGUGUGGUCUUCGCCCACAAGGUUGCGGAUGCUUCCUCAUUCUUCUUGUUCCUCAAAAGUUGGGCAGCUAUUGCUCGUGGUAGUAGCAACAUAGCCACUCCACUAUUUGAAUCGGCCACCAUCUUCCCGCCGGUAAAUGAAGUUAGCUUUAUUCUACCUAGGGGUAAUCCGGAUAAGGAAAAGAUUGCGAUAAAGAGAUUUGUGUUCGAGGGGUCUGCAAUAGCGGCUCUAAGAGACAAAUACAGAACCAUCCACACCAACAUCGAAUACCCUCGCCCCACUCGCGUGGAGGCCUUGUCAGCUUUCAUUUAUAGUCGCUUCCUUGCCGCAACCCAACCGGACCCCAAUAAGCUCUACUCCCUAUCUCACUUAACAAACGUGCGCAACAGGUUGGAUCCGCCCCUUUCGGAAAAUUACUUCGGAAACAAUUACGCGAUCACAAGCUUUGAAGUCUCCAGGGACACUGAGGAUGUGUUUGAGCGCAUUGUUAUUCCGCUGAGAGAUGCCACGAGGAAAGUCGACAUAAAUUAUGUGAAAAGUUUCCAAGCGAGUGGUGGGCUCACUAAUUUUAUGGUAGAAAACAUGGAAAGAUUGGCGAAAGGAGAGGUGGUCUCACUAGGCUUCACCAGCUUGUGCAGGUUUCCAGUUUAUGAGGCGGAUUUCGGGUGGGGAAAGCCUGUGUGGGUUGCCUCGGCUAGAUUACUGUACAAGAAUCUAGUUAGUUUCUUCGAUACGAAAUCAGGGAAUGGAAUAGAGGCAUGGAUUAACUUGGAUAAGGAAGACAUGGCUAAAUUCGAAGUCGACGAGGAGCUCCUGGCGUAUGUUUCAUCGGCAAAAAUUUCUGUGAUUUAG